CUGCUUGGGAAGCUCGAGUCCUCAAAAGAGCCGCAUGACCGACCUUUGAGAUGUUCAGACGAACGCUGGAGCGAGAGGUACAUAAACCAACCCCCCCCCCCUCUCUCUCUCGCCGUUGGGGGAUUCUCGAGGUCUACCUGUGAACUAGGUACCCCAACAACAAGUUUCCUGACAUUCUGAACCCGGACCACUGACAACCCACCCUACCUACGACGACGACUAUACAAUCGAUAAUACCGCGCGGGCAAUCAGCAAUCAACGAUUGAAAACAAAACAACAACCAAAAACAGGAAAAUGUCACUCAACCUGGCGUCCCCUUUCUCCCCGCUGCCGAGCUACCUCCUCGGCACCGGCCUGACCUUCGUCGGCCUCCUCGGCUUCGUCCGCCCGCUCGCCGUCUACGACGCCUUCGGCAUCGCCCGGCCCCGCUCCGCGGAGCCCGAGGCCUUCAGCUACGCGAAAUCCGCGCGCGACCUCGCCACGGGCGCCCUCUUCGUCCUGCUCGAGACGUACCAGGAGGGCAGCGGCAACGAGGACGCCGUCACGGCCCUGUUUGCCGUCACUGCCUGCGUCGGCGUCGCCGACUGGUGGAUCGUGGGGGCCGCGAGCGGCGAGGAGGGCAAAGGGGGCGAGGAGGGCAAGGGGGAUGGGGGGAAGGGGCUGGUGCAUCUGGGCUUUGGGGUAGUGCUAGGAGCGUUUGCUCUUUGGAGGUUUCUGUAUUAA